GGACGCUCCAUUGCAGUCUUGUUCAGGGGCGGGUGCCUGCGCUCGCGCCGCCGGGUGGGAAGGAUGAAGCCGCAGCUGGAGCAGCCACCCUAUGAUUGGCUGUGGAGCUUGUGAACCCGAAGUAAAGAUGGCGGGCGGGCAGGCAGCCGCCGCACUGCCCACUUGGAAGAUGGCGGCGCGCCGCAGCUUCAGCGCCCGCGGCCGGGGGGUCCUGCAGGCAGCGGCGGGCCGGCUGCUGCCGCUGCUACUGCUGAGCUGCUGCUGCGGCGCGGGCGGCUGCGCGGCGGCCGGCGAGAACGAGGAGACAGUGAUCAUCGGGUUGCGGCUAGAGGACACGAACGACGUGUCGUUCAUGGAAGGGGGGGCGCUGCGGGUGAGCGAGCGGACCCGGGUCAAGCUGCGGGUAUACGGGCAGAACAUCAACAACGAGACGUGGUCCCGCAUCGCCUUCACCGAGCACGAGCGGCGCCGGCACACACCCGGCGAGCGCGGGCUGGGGGGCCCCGCGCCACCGGAGCCGGACAGCGGCCCCCAGCGCUGCGGCAUCCGCACCUCAGACAUCAUCAUCUUGCCCCACAUCGUUCUCAACCGCCGCACAUCGGGCAUCAUCGAGAUCGAGAUCAAACCGCUGCGCAAGAUGGAGAAGAGCAAGUCCUAUUACCUGUGCACGUCGCUCUCCACGCCAGCCCUGGGAGCCGGCGGCCCGGGGUCCGCGAGUGGCACCGUCGGGGGCAAGGGCGGCGCGGGGAUGGCCGGGCUCCCGCCUCCUCCGUGGGCCGAGACCACCUGGAUUUACCACGACGGCGAGGACACCAAGAUGAUCGUGGGCGAGGAGAAGAAGUUCCUGCUGCCCUUCUGGCUGCAGGUGAUCUUCAUUUCACUGCUUCUGUGCCUGUCGGGCAUGUUCAGCGGCCUCAACCUGGGGCUCAUGGCUCUGGACCCGAUGGAGCUGCGCAUCGUGCAGAACUGCGGCACGGAGAAGGAGAAGAAUUAUGCCAAGCGCAUCGAGCCCGUGCGCAGGCAGGGCAACUACCUGCUGUGCUCGCUGCUGCUGGGCAACGUGCUGGUCAACACCACGCUCACCAUCCUGCUCGACGACAUCGCUGGCUCAGGCCUCGUGGCCGUGGUGGUCUCCACCAUCGGCAUUGUCAUCUUCGGGGAGAUUGUGCCCCAGGCCAUCUGCUCCCGGCACGGCCUGGCUGUAGGGGCCAACACCAUCUUUCUCACCAAGUUUUUCAUGAUGAUGACCUUCCCCGCUUCUUACCCGGUCAGCAAGCUGCUGGACUGCGUCCUGGGCCAGGAGAUUGGCACCGUAUAUAACCGGGAAAAACUGCUAGAGAUGCUCCGGGUCACUGACCCCUACAAUGACCUCGUCAAGGAGGAGCUGAACAUCAUCCAAGGAGCGCUGGAGCUCCGCACCAAGACGGUAGAGGACGUGAUGACUCCCCUCCGGGACUGCUUCAUGAUCACCGGCGAGGCCAUUCUGGACUUCAACACCAUGUCGGAGAUCAUGGAGAGCGGCUACACUCGCAUCCCAGUAUUUGAGGGAGAGCGCUCCAACAUCGUGGACCUGCUCUUUGUCAAAGACUUGGCCUUCGUAGAUCCAGAUGACUGUACUCCCUUGAAAACCAUCACCAAAUUUUAUAACCAUCCCUUGCACUUUGUUUUCAAUGACACCAAGUUGGACGCUAUGCUGGAAGAAUUUAAGAAAGGUGACUGAAAAAAGACAACAAAGGUUAAAAGGCCUAAAGUAAGUGCUCGUGGAUUUUGAAAGCCUUGAAAUAACCUAAGUUUUAAGACAAAAAAGAUAGCAGAUUACUCUGAUAAAAUUUUUUGUCAUUGAGUACAUCAGAAGUAUAAUAAUGGUGAUGUAUAAUACAGCAAGUCUGUGUUGCUAUGACUGUAUAAAUUUCUUGUACCUUUGGGAGGUAACUAGGCAUCAUAAAAAUGUCCUGCAUUUUGGUUUAGUGAUUUUUUUCCCUGCAAAUCUUUAUGCUGUGAUUCAAAGGAAGAAAAGAGCUAUGUUGGCUUUUAUAUUGCGUACAUAUUGCAACAUUGUCUAUAUAAAUGGUGAAAGAACACCUCAAGACAGGGCAUAAAGGGGAAAAAGUUAACGAAAUUAUA